CCGGAUGUGUCGUUCAUGUUUUCUAUCACAGAGCAUUACAGUGAGCUGCAAGCCCAACACACUGAAGUGGUCCGAACCUCGGAUGAACAAAGACAGUUGAUCAGUAAAUUGGAGAAGGACCUACUGAGUGUCAACACACUGUCUACUAUGUAUGUCAGAGGGGAGGGUGAGGGUCAAGCAACCCCGUCAAGCACUGAGGCAGGCUUUGCUGCAGAGGCAGUCAGAGAAACAGUGCCAUUAGGCAAGUCCGUGUCAGACAACAACCAGGGUGCUGCAGAGUCCCUGCUACCUAUUGUAUCUAGUCAGAGGGAACGAUUCCGACUACGCAAUCAAGAACUAGAAGCAGAAAAUCGACAGCACCAGCAACAGGUGAACAUACUGAAAGAGGAAACUGACAAGCUACGUACGGAUAACAUCAAGCUGUAUGAGAAGAUUCGAUUCUUGCAAAGCUAUAAAAAGAGCAAGGGUUCUACUGGGCCUGAUGAUACCGAGAGUCGUUACUCAACUCAGUAUGAGCAACGCCUCGACCCAUUCAACUCAUUCAGCAGGAAAGAGAAGCAGCGUAAAUAUAUGAAUCUCAGCCCCUUUGACAAGGCGACUCUCAACAUGGGCCGACUGGUCUUAUCCAAUAAGAUAGCCCGAAUGAUAGCCUUCUUCUAUGUGAUAAUCCUACACCUGUUGGUAUUCUUGGUGCUGUACAAGAUGGCAUACACAUCGGCCUGUAAGAGAGACUCAGCUGCUGAUUGCUACCAUCAGUUUCAAGAACACAUGACAUGAAUCAUUUCCAUCCUGGAGACAAGGUACCAGCAGACAUGUUGGAUGGUCUUGGACAUGGUUGACUACAACGAAAUCACUGACAGCAACAUGUAAAGGACAUUGUUAGGCUUGGGCAACUGUGCCACAAUCAAAAGGAAUUGCUUCGAAAAGUCCUAUCUGCAAUCUUAAAUGCUCUGUUAUGGAGGAAUCGACUCAGUAGUAGCUAGUGUUUAAUCAAUAAAGCAAAAGAAAAUGGUAGGGAACCAUACAUGUACUGUACUAUGAACAUUGGGCCUGUGUGUCAGUAGUCCAUAUUCAAUAUGGUCCUAUAUGAGCUUGAAUUCCAGUCUAGAAUGUAAUGAGCACAUGCACAAUGUACAUAUGUAUGUCAAAGAACAGAAAUCGAUACAUACACGUAUACAUGUAUUGCUAAAUCUUCAGUCAUUUACUGGCCAACUUUGGGUUUGGAACAUACUAAGUUGCACAUUCAGACUUGUUAGGCCACAGAGGCCAAUUCACCUGCUGAAAACUUUAUAUUUUUAUUUUCAUUAAAUCGUAUUGAGAUAUGACUAUCGGUAUCAGUAUCAGACCAAUACUGCAAACAAAUAUGGAUUAUUGGAUUGGCAGUCAUUUGGCUUUAUCGGUUCAACACUGAGUAGAAGCUCAUUCUAUUUUUCCAAAAGUCGAUUACAGCCAGCGCCUGACAGAGUUCAAAGAUUGUGCAAUUUUCUAGAAAGAGGCAAAUGCUGUAGAGCUAAGCUAAUUAUGUAGAACUAAGACACCUCUCAACAAUUUACUACUUUGGUCAUUUGUGUAUUGUAUUUAGGAUUCCCUGUUAAGCUGGUGCAAUUUGGAGUUCUGAACAGAAUGGGAUCCCAUUCCAACAUUGUUGGAGUUGUCCAGGCCUAAACAGUGUGUAUAAUUGUACAUUGUAGUGCACAGAACGUGUUAAUGA